AUGGCCCGCUUUACGAUUGUUAAAGCCCUACCGGCGCUUCUGGCCUUCAUCCAGACGGCAUCAAGCACACCCCUGACCUUCUCAACAUUGUAUCCUCGUAACGACUCUCAGAUCAUUUGGCCGACAGAGGUUUCUAGUCUGGUGCACGACAAGACCUGGACUAGCUUUGCGGAAAAGACGACGCGUUGGUCGUCCUACAAGGCCCCUACCUUUGACGAGGUUUUCCUUCCCGAAACCGAGGAGCAGCUCUCCCUUGCUCUUGAGUACAUGUCAGGUAACAACAUGACCUGGCUGGCUAAGUCUGGAGGUCACGGAUACGCGCCGUCUCUCCACGCCAUCCAAGACGCCGUUUUGAUCAACUUAGAGAACUUCAACUACGUCAAGAUAGAAGACAGCACAGCUGUUGUGGGAACUGGUGUCCGUUUCAGCGACCUGAUCAAUACCGUAGGGGCCGCCGGACGUGAGCUGACCGUGGGGUCAUGCCCGUGUGUGGGGUCAACGGGCGCCAUGUUGGGUGGUGGUCUCGGACGUCUUCAGGGCCUACACGGCAUGACUAGCGACGCCCUCCGCAAGGUCCGCAUGGCCCUGUGGAACGGCACCAUUAUCGAGGCUUCCAACGACGUCAACUCUGAUCUUUUCUGGGGAAUCAGGGGAUCUGGCCAGAACUACGGCAUCGUUAUCGAGUCGACGUACGAGACCUGGCCGGCGACGAAUGGAGGACAGCACUACAGCGCGGACUUGGUCUUUACCAAGGAUUCCGUGCAACGGGUAAUGGAGGUCACGAACGAGCUCACUGCGGAUGGUCUAGACGAGAAGCUGGCCGUUCUGAUGUUCUUCGCAUUGGAUGCUACCACAUCUCAGAUCACAGUCAUCGUAAACCUGGUCUACUCCGGGCCAGAGGAGGAGGGCAAGAAGUACACAGAGCGCUUCUCCCCUUUCAGCGUUGACCUUCAAGAGAACAUGCUGAGCUGGGAAGAGCUGCCUACGAAGACGGUCCACGGUCUCAUUCCGCAGUCCUGCGCGACAGGACCGCGCUACAACCUGCGCGCCCUGAACACCAAGGUCCUUAACCCGACCACCUGGGUCAACUUCACCGACGCGUUCGAGACGUUCUUGGUGGCAAACCCCCUCGCAGCCGGAUCGGCUAUGAUGAUCGAGACGUUCCCGGUGCAGGGAGUCAAGGCGCUUCCCGACGACUACUCGGCUUUCCCCCACCGCGACCAUUUUGAGAACGUGAUUGAGUCCAUCGGCUCGUAUACGGAUGACUCCGUUGCGGACGCUGUGAACGACUUCUUCCAGGAGUGGCGCGACAGAUUUGCUGAGCCUGCCUCUUCCGGCUACGACAAGCUUUACGUCUACCAGAACUAUGCCAACGAGGACGAGCCUCUUUCGGCUCUGUACGGGUACGACGAGUGGCGCCAUGAGCGUUUGACCAGCUUGAAGAACAAAUUUGAUCCUCUGGGCUUUUUCAAUGGAUACCACCCUGUUCCUUCCACCGCGGCGGACUGGAGCUAG